AUGAAAGCUCACACUCUUUUAGCCGUUCUGGGGACAUUCCUUUGCAACAGCGGUUCCAAGAAGCCAUGGGGCACUCUUGCAGCUCCAUCACCCUUUGACUCUAACGCCGGCAGAGAAAAAAUAAGUAUCAAUGACGAUUGGAAAUUCAAGCGCUACCCUGUCAAUCCUGAUGGUAUCAUCUAUGAUCAUCGUCCAGAUCUACAAAAUCUGACAGAUGUCACCGUGCUACGACCAUGGAUAUUGCCAACCGGCAAUGACUACAUUGUUAACCCAAAAGACCGUCAUCCUCAACCGACCAGUCCUCCUCCAAAGGAGGACGUGCCGUUCAUCCAAAAGUCCUUCAACGACUUAUUCUGGGAAACAAUCAAGCUUCCUCACGAUUGGGGGGUCAAAGGGCCGUUCUAUACUGACGAGAGCCCACCAGUAGGGGGUGGAAUGGGCCGGCUUCCUGUUCAAGGAGUAGGCUGGUAUCGAAAAAGUCUACAUGUCAGUAACGAGGACAAAGGGAAGACAAUUUAUCUCGACAUCGAUGGAGCCAUGUCCUACGCCAUGGUGUGGCUCAAUGGACGCCUCGUGGGUGGCUGGCCCUACGGCUACAAUUCCUUCCGGCUCGACUUGACACCCUUCCUCCGAUAUGGCAAGGACAACCAACUGGCAAUCCGUCUGGAUAAUCCAUUAGAUUCUGCACGAUGGUAUCCAGGGGCUGGCCUAUAUCGCAACGUCUGGUUGACUAAGGUCAAUAGUAUCCAUGUCGGGUACCAAGGAACCUAUGUUACAACUACCAAGGUUUCUACAGACGAGGCUACUAUGGAUCUGAAUAUCACCCUGAUUAACCGCAGUAGCAAGAAACAGUCUCUGAAGGUCAAGACAGAAGUAUUUCACAGGUCACGUACAGGUGGAGUUGGUGACAAGACUGGGAAAACAAAAGUAAAAUCGACAACUAUCCUCCCAAUGAAGCAAACGGGACUCGCAGUUGCUCUUCAAAUCCCCCAUCCUCGCCUUUGGGGACCGCCACCUACUCAAAAACCGAAUCUCUAUAUCGCAAUGACGCAACUUAUUGUGAACGAGAAAGUGGUGGACUCAUAUGUGACCGAGUUCGGUAUCCGUACUCUUGAGUUCAAACCUGACAAGGGAUUUUUCAUCAAUGGCGAGCACAUCAAAAUUCAGGGUGUUAAUGAGCAUCAUGACCUUGGAUCCCUGGGCGCUGCCUUCAGCACACGAGCUGCUGAGAGGAAAUUAGAAAUUCUUCGAGAUCUCGGAGUUAAUAGUCUCAGGAUGUCGCACAAUCCACCCGCCACAGAGUUCCUCCAACUCACAGACAGGAUGGGAUUCCUCGUUGUUGACGAGAUUUUUGACUCAUGGCAACGUAAUAAGACGUCUGGUGAUUUCCAUCUCAUCUUCGAUGACUGGCAUGAGCAGGACGCACGCAGCUUUGUUCGACGGGACAGAAACCACGCUUCUAUUAUAGCAUGGAGCUUCGGUAACGAAGUUGGUGAACAGUACACAGAUAAAGAAGGCGCUGCUUUAGGGAAGCAUCUUUCAAACAUAAUCGCCUCUGAGGAUCCAACGCGACCUACAACAGCCUCCAUGAACUACGCAAAACCGAACAUGCCCUUUGGUGGCUCUAUGGAUCUUUUGUCGAUUAACUAUCAAGGUUCCAGAAUUCGAGACACUUCCAACUACUCUAAUCAACAGGGAAUUCGUACUCAUCCCCUUUAUCCAGAGUUUCACGAGGCCUUUCCAGACAAGGUUAUAAUUGGCAGUGAAACAGCGUCCACCCUCAGUACGCGUGGCACUUUCAUCUUUCCGGUGGAUGCUGGUAAUACUGGCGCACCCGUCAACGAUACAUCGGGCGGCAACUCGACGCUAGGCUAUGUCAGCGCUUAUGAACUUUACACUGCGAACUUUGGAUCACCCCCCGACAAAGUCUGGGUGAAUGACGAUAAAAAUCCAUACGUUGCUGGCGAAUUUGUGUGGACAGGGUUCGACUACAUCGGUGAGCCGACUCCCUACUAUAGCGCACGCAGCUCGUACUGUGGUAUCGUCGACCUUGCUGGCUUCAAAAAGGACCGGUACUACCUCUAUCAGUCUCGCUGGAGGCCCGAAGUCCGGACGGCACAUAUCCUUCCUCACUGGAACUGGCCCGAUCGGCGAGGCAAAAUAACGCCUGUCCAUGUUUUUUCACCGGCAGAUGAGGCAGAGCUAUUUUUGAAUGGAAAAUCACAGGGGAAAAGAGUCAGGGGCGAUUUUGAAUAUCGUUUUCGUUGGGAUGAUGUCGUGUACCAGCCUGGGGAGCUUCGUGUGAAAACUUGGAAAGACGGAAAGACAUGGGCGACAGAGACUAUCAGAACCACUGGUAAGGCAUCAAAACUCAAACUUACAGUGGACCGCCCAAAAAUUGAUAACGGCGGCGAGGACUUGGCUUUCAUUACGGCUGAAGUUCUGGAUAAAGAUGGAAGGGUCGUACCGACAGCUGCGAACAGUGUUUCCUUUAGUCUGAAAGGGCCCGGUGAAAUCGUUAGCACAGAUAACGGUGACCCUACUGAUCUGACAGUGUUUCAAUCGCCAACACGGAAAGCACUGAGUGGUUUGGUAUUGGCGAUUGUGCGAGGGGAUAAAGGUGGGCGUGGAGUACUAGAGCUGGAAGCAAAGUCUGAUGGCUUAGAAUCAGCAACAGUAAGAGUUUAUAUAGGAUAA